AUGGAUAGCGCGAGGCAGGAAGCUUUCCAGAAGCUUCGAGAGCCAUGUGUCGAGUUGAGCUCUGUCGGAUUGAAAUUUCGUGGACAUCAAGCUAGCCCGCGUGAAGUUCUCAAGGCUCUUCGGUCUGUGCAGAAUGCCCUGAAUGAACUCGCUGGCAAGCAUGCGCUGGACGAAAAGCUGGCUGAAUAUGCCUUCUUUCCCUUAGCGCACAUUUUCAAUGAGUCGAAACGGGCUCCCGUCAACCUUUUGGAAGUCGCCGUCAACUGCCUGAAAGUGCUUGUAGCAGAAGGAUGGAAAGCCCGCCUAUCUCCCCAGAUGGGAAAACAGUUGGUGAUCUUACUAACAUUGAUCGUGGGCGAUGCACCGGGCAAUAGUAAAGAGAAGGUGGCUGUCCAGACAUCUUCCAUCGAGCUGGAGAUAGCGGGAUUCGACUGCCUUUCUGCGAUAUUCGAGGCACUGGGCGGACCAGUGGCGGAACGCACAGUUUACCAUGAGAUUGGUACUGCAACGGUAGUUGAUCAGACCGUGUACCUUCUGCUUGAGGGUAUUGUCAGUGAUCGUUCAGAUGAGCUGUGCCUUUCUGCUGCCCGAGCGCUUCAAGCCCUGUAUCGCCGUAUCACGGAUCGAAUUGUGCUUGCUAGUAUAAUGCCUCGAACUGUCUCAGCACUCACGAAGGUGCUCAAACCGACAACUCAAGUUAGGCGAUCAUACAAAUUGAUCAAGACAUGUCUGGACAUACUCACCGAUACUCUGAAAGCGGUUCUCAAUGAUCAGGUGAACUCACAGCUCCCAGAGAAGACCGCCCAACCAGAAGGUGCCGAUGAGAGACUGGUUCUUGAUCAGUCUUGGUUGAAAGCUACGACUACUCAGAUCAAGCUCGCACUUACACAAGUUAUCCAACUCAGACGACAUGAGCGACAGGAAGUUCAAAACGGGCUGUUGAAACUUUGCAUCAUGGUUGUAGAGGAGUGCCGCACCACAUUACAGGAAUCAUUACCAGUGUUGGUCGAAACUGUUGUUGUGCUCUCCAGAGUCGACGAGGACCAAAUGCCGAAUGAUGCUUACUCGUCGUUGAAGCAUCUGGCCACGACCUAUUCAGCGGUGCUGGACUCGCUCAAGAAUUCCCUACAUACUUGGCUCACUGCGUUCCCAAGAACAAUGCAGAGUAACGACGAAACGACUAAGCAAUGGGCAAUCAAGCAAAUAGCCACUGCGUUCCAGGUGCUCUCUGAAGUCCAGUCGGAGUCUGAUCUCCUUACCAACAAUCUAACAUCCGGACUCUGCGACAGCGUCGCUGUCAUUGUGAACCAAGCGACGAAUAUGCCGCGGUCAAUGAAUACAGACCCCGCGGGAAAUCAAUCCAUGGAUGUUCUUGUACCUGGAAACCAAUCUUUGACGUUUUCACCGGUCCUACUCGACCAUAAAAGUCAGCAGCAAACUCUCAUCGAUUUACAGAACAUGAUUGACCGAUUGAACUCAUCCAACUCUUCCAAUGAUAUCACGCGCUUGAUUGUCAACCGGAUACAUCAUGAGCAAGGAAACGCAGUCAUUGCACCACUAUGGCUUGCUGUCUCGUUCCUCAAGGGUAAAACGGUAUCUACGAGCGGCUUCGACGAGUUCAUCUCCUUUGACCAGCUCGAACCAUCACGCCCAUAUUCCACAAGGGCAAGCAUGAUUGAGGAACUAUACUACAUCUCGUUGCCCAUUCUAAACGAGCUUCAGGUUGACGAGUCGAGAGAUUGGCGCGUUUCAGCACUAGCGUUAGAAGCAAUUGCCCUCCAAGCAGAAGAGCUGCGGGAAGGCUUCCGUCCCGAACUCAUGGACGCACUAUAUCCUGUCCUACAGCUGCUUGCAUCGAGCAAUACAGACCUCCAGAGACAUGCAAUGGCGUGCUUGAAUAUUCUUACGCAAGCGUGCGGCUACCCUGACACAAGUGCCAUGAUCAUCGAAAACGUCGACUACCUGGUGAACUCUGUGGCCUUGAAGCUGAAUACGUUUGAUGUGUCGCCAUACCCGCCUCAAGUCUUGCUUAUGAUGGUGAAACUAUGCGGAGCGCGGCUGGUGCCAUAUCUAGACGACUUGGUAGAUUCGAUUUUCGGGAUCUUAGACCUCUAUCAUGGAUAUCCCAGACUUGUUGAGCUGAUGUUCAAAACUUUGACAGCAAUUGUGGGAGAGAGCACGAAAGUCCCAGCCUUGCUCGCCAUCGAAAACGGCAGUAACGGAGCUGCCCCCGACCAUCUAAAAAAGAAAUAUCAAGCCCUAAGCAUUGCUACUCUUGCGGACGAUUUCGCCCGUCGCAAGGCGAAGCGCGCUGAAUAUAGUGACUUAACAGAAGAGGACGAGAAGUUGACUCACCCGAAACGACCUUGGGGAGAAGACACCGAAACGAAAGCCGAAGAUAAGACAUUGGGUAGUGACCCUCUAUCAGAAUUAAUGGGAGAAGAUGAAUCAGACGAGCCUCUGCCGCCGCCUCAGGAGCCGGAAGAUGCAGAGAAACCUCUGAGCAAAUCACACUCACUCAUUCUCCACAUCGUUCAGUCUCUACCACUGCACUUAUCAUCACCCUCCCCGUACCUCCGCCGGUCAUUACUAGCCAUUCUUAUAGACGUUCUCCCCGUCCUCGCGGCAGACGAAAAGAACUUCCUUCCACUCAUCAACGACCUCUGGCCGGCCGUCGUCUCUAAGAUCAGUUUCCCUUCGUCACUCGGCACGACAUCCUCCACAGCUCUAAUGGGAAAAGAAACACCAACAAGUAGCACGCAAAACCGAGGAACCACAGAUUCGGACUUCAAGGAAGAAACCUUCGUAACAACAACCGCCUGCCAAGCCGUCGAAGUAAUCUUUAGAACAGCGGGAGACUUCACAGCGUCGCGAGUCGAAGCCGAAUUCCCGCGCUGGGAGCGCUUCUAUAACCGUGCGUGGGAGAAAGUCCGCCAGGAUACGGACAAGAUACUUGAACGGCAAGCACAGCGCCAACUUCCACCAUCAGACACUACCACAACCGGAGUCAUCGAGAAAGCCUCAUCAGCAUUCAUCCAAUCCCUCUCCCUUACAAAACCGGGCUCCGCCUCGGGCUCCCGCGCAUUCACACCACACCACACCCUCUGGCGAGCCUUCACCUCGUUAUUCCUCACCCUCCUCACACACGUGCGCCUCCCACUCUCAGUCGGUGACCGAAUCUGCUAUAUCCUGGGUGAAUGGAUUGCGCGAUAUGCGGGACCAACGUACUACUUCUUGCACCAGUCCAGCCCCCCUAAAUCCGCAUCUACCUCUACAUCUACGUCGUUGUCGACGACAACGCAUUCAGAGGAAGACGAGUCAAUCCAGAACGUCAUCAAGGCGAUGGAGACGUGGAAUCCGGAUUUGACCUGGUUUAUCUUUCAGCAGCAGCGCGGUGAGAUUUUGCGUGCGCUGGAGAAGAAGAGCGGGGUUCAGCGCGGGAGUUGUCAGGCUCAGCAAGUGCCCUUGGGGUCGUUCGCUGGAGGGAAAAUCAGAUUUGCGGAGAUGAGUUUCUAG